AAAAGGUGUUCGACAUCGUGUAAAUUCUCACAUGUAUGUCUGCGAACUGCUAAGCUCGCUGAAUUGCAGACGCAGAUCAAGUCCUUAUCACGAAAGAUCUAGCUGGUGAAGCAGCUGCUCUGCCUUUGCUUAUUGAUCAAUUUCCUUCUCUAACGAAGGUAUUAAUAGCAUAGGGAAACAUGGCUCAGAACCAUGGGGAUGAAAUGGAGUAUGUCGGCGAUGAUAAUGAAGUGGCAGAAGUAGAAAAUGAUUCGUAUAUUCGUGGAAGAGUAUUUGGUGGUUCAGAUUCAGAAGACGACGACGACGAUGAUCAAUAUGACCCUUUGGAAAACAAUAUAUCAGAUACCACUGCUACAGAAGCUAGGGGGGGAAAAGAUAUCCAAGGUAUACCUUGGGAGAGACUGAGCAUUACUCGUGAGAAGUACAGACAGACAAGAUUAGAGCAGUACAAGAAUUAUGAAAAUAUACCACAAUCAGGGGAGUGGUCAGAGAAGGAAUGCAAACCUACAGAUAAAGGGGGAAAAUAUUAUGAUUUCUGGCAAAACACUAGAUCUGUGAAAUCAACGAUACUUCAUUUUCAAUUGAGGAACUUGAUUUGGUCAACUUCAAAGCAUGAUGUGUAUCUUGUUUCACAUUACUCUAUUGUUCACUGGUCUUCACUAAGUUGCAAGGGAUCUGAAGUCUUGAAUGUAUCAGGGCAUGUAGCUCCAUGUGAGAAACAUCCUGGAAGCCUGUUGGAAGGGUUUACUCAGACACAAAUCAGUACAUUGGCUGUGCGAGAUAAGUUGAUGAUUGCUGGAGGUUUUCAAGGAGAACUUAUUUGCAAGUACAUAGAUCGACCUGGGAUUAGCUUCUGUACCAGAACUACUUAUGAUGAUAAUGCAAUAACCAAUGCACUUGAGAUUUAUGAGGAUCGAAGUGGAGCUAUUCAUUUCAUGGCUUCAAAUAAUGACUGUGGAGUCAGAGAUUUUGAUAUGGAGAGAUUCCAGCUUUGCAAGCACUUUUGCUUCUCGUGGCCAGUAAAUCAUACUUCCUUGAGUCCUGAUGGUAAACUACUUGUAAUUGUCGGAGACAACCCAGAAGGAUUAGUGGUGGAUUCUCAAACAGGGAAGACUGUCACGUCAUUACGCGGACACUUGGAUUACUCGUUUGCAUCGGCAUGGCAUCCUCAAGGUUACAUAUUCGCCACUGGGAACCAAGACAAGACGUGUCGUGUUUGGGAUGUCCGGAACAUGUCAAAGUCUGUAGCUGUGUUGAAGGGUAACCUUGGAGCCAUACGGUCAAUAAGAUUCACAUCUGAUGGGCGGUUCAUGGCAACAGCCGAGCCAGCAGAUUUCGUGCACAUCUAUGAUGCGAAGCAAGGGUUUGAGAAGGAGCAGGAGAUUGAUUUUUUUGGCGAGAUCUCUGGUGUAUCGUUCAGCCCUGAUACAGAAUCGCUUUAUAUUGGUGUCUGGGAUCGCACAUACGGUAGCCUUCUUCAGUACAACCGACGAAGAAAUUAUACGUACCUUGAUGCCUUGUAAAUAUUUGAGCAUAUAUGUUGUAAGUACCCUGUUCAGCUAAUGUCCAAAAGCUUAGGAAUUUGAGUGGUGAAAAUGAUUUGGUUGCUGACCCCACCGCCUGAUGAUGUUUUAUAGUUGUACCUGUCAUGUUGAAUAAUACUGACUCUUAGUCUCCUAUGCCCUGCGGUUUGAAUUUUGUUCUCUAAGUUGCGUGUUAAUAAUGGAAGAAUGUGAAAUUAAUUUGGUUA